GAAGGAAGCCAAACAGAGCGGCGCUGACCGGACAUGAACUUUACCGUGUAGCUCACAACUUCACUCUGAGUUUAACUACGGAGAGGCAGCGGCAGCUUCCCUCGGCUCAGUGGAAACAAGGAAGAGAGCAACCCGCUGACUCCCUGCCGUCUCCCGCCGGGCAAGAACAAUGGUGUGCAAAUGUUGACCUGUGUGAAGAAGCACUCCUAGGCAGUGACAUGUUUUCUCCCAGACCUCCUCUGUCCUGAUGCAGCGAGUUUUACAACUAGGAUCCUGAUUGUCUACCUCGACACACGUGGAGUCCACUCCCUCUUUUCUACCUCCUCUGACAUCUGCUGCUCUUUUUCUACCUCAGCACGUACUGUGUCGAAGCUGUUAUCAGCCAGCUCAGAAACGCCAACAGACCCUUCACUUUAUCACCAAGCUCUCAGGUGUCAGUCAUCCAGCUCCAGUGCAACGCUCGACUGGGUUUCUUCCUGCUCAGCAGCCAUCACCGUUAUCUGACUCCCUGCUGGGCCGGGCCCCCUGAAGCAGCCAUGUUACGCCGGGGUCUGUGAUGUCCGAACCCUGUGACGGACCAGGACCAGGGGAAGAACGGGGGCGGAGUCAGAGAGACGUUCCUCUGUUCGUGGUUGGCUGUGAAGAUGACGAACAGGACAUGGGCCAAAUGGAGGCAGGCAUGAAGAACGAGAUGUUUCGAGAAGAGGAAAUGGAGGAUGAUGAAGAUGAGUCGCCAUCAGAGCGACAGAUUGUGGUUGGCAUAUGUGCCAUGAUGAAGAAAUCCAAAUCCAAGCCCAUGACUCAGAUCUUGGAGCGCCUUUGUAAGUUUGACUACAUUGAUGUGGUCAUAUUUCCUGAGGAGGUGAUCCUGGAGGAACCUGUGGAGAAAUGGCCCCUCUGCGACUGCCUCAUCUCCUUCCACUCCAAGGGUUUCCCUCUGGACAAAGCUGUGGAAUAUGCCAAGCUCAGGAAUCCACUGCUCAUCAAUGAUCUCAACAUGCAGUAUUUCAUUCAGGACAGGAGGGAAGUGUAUCGGAUCCUACAGGAAGAGGGCAUUGACCUACCUCGCUAUGGUGUUCUAAACCGAGACCCUGACAAUCCUGAAGAGUGUAACCUCGUAGAGGGGGAGGACCAUGUUGAGGUGAACGGGGAGGUGUUCCCUAAACCCUUUGUCGAGAAACCUGUUUGUGCAGAGGACCACAACGUCUACAUCUAUUACCCAACGUCUGCAGGAGGAGGCAGCCAGAGACUCUUCAGAAAGAUAGGGAGUCGUAGCAGUGUGUACUCCCCAGAAAGCAGCGUACGAAAGACUGGAUCCUACAUCUAUGAGGAGUUCAUGCCAACAGAUGGUACUGAUGUGAAGGUUUACACAGUGGGCCCAGACUAUGCCCACGCUGAGGCCAGGAAGUCUCCGGCGCUGGAUGGGAAGGUAGAGAGGGACAGUGAGGGGAAGGAGAUCCGUUACCCCGUCAUGCUGACUGCCAUGGAGAAACUGGUGGCCCGCAAGGUCUGCCUGGCCUUCAAGCAAACUGUAUGUGGGUUUGACCUGCUCAGAGCCAACGGCCAUUCCUUUGUCUGUGAUGUUAACGGCUUCAGCUUCGUCAAAAACUCAAUGAAAUACUAUGACGACUGUGCCAAAGUCCUGGGGAACAUGGUAAUGAGGGAGUUAGCCCCCCAGUUCCACAUCCCCUGGUCCAUCCCCAUGGAAGCUGAAGACAUCCCCAUUGUCCCAACAACCUCAGGAACCAUGAUGGAGCUGCGCUGUGUUAUUGCCAUCAUCCGACAUGGUGAUCGCACACCAAAGCAAAAGAUGAAAAUGGAGGUUCGACAUCCUCUAUUCUUUGAAUUAUUCGAGAAGUACGGAGGAUACAAGACGGGAAAGCUAAAGCUAAAAAAGCCUAAACAGCUGCAGGAGGUGCUGGAUAUCGCUCGCUUGCUGCUCGUUGAACUGGGCCAGCACAAUGACUGUGAGAUUGAGGAGAAGAAAUCCAAAUUGGAGCAACUCAAGACGGUUCUGGAAAUGGAAUCCAGCUUGAAUGACACUCAGUAUGGUCAUUUCUCAGGUAUCAACAGGAAAGUCCAGCUGACCUACUUGCGUAAUGGCCAGCCUAAAGCUUCCAGUGAAGAAGAAGAUUCUAAGAAGGACGGGCCGUCUUUGCUGCUGGUGUUGAAGUGGGGCGGGGAACUGACACCUGCAGGCCGGGUUCAGGCUGAGGAGCUGGGCAGGGCCUUUCGUUGCAUGUACCCUGGAGGUCAAGCCGGUAAUCGCCAGUCCCUUGGCUGUGAGUCCCCUAUUGACUUUGGUGACUAUGCUGGUUUUCCUGGCUGUGGCCUCCUGCGUCUGCACAGCACUUACCGUCACGACCUGAAGAUCUACGCAUCUGACGAAGGCAGGGUGCAGAUGACAGCAGCUGCUUUUGCCAAGGGUCUGCUGGCUCUAGAAGGGGAGCUCACCCCCAUCCUGGUUCAGAUGGUCAAGAGUGCCAACAUGAACGGACUGCUGGACAGCGACAGUGACUCUCUGACCGACUGCCAACAGAAGGUGAAGGCCAGGCUGCAUGAGAUCAUGCAGAAGGACCAGGAGUUUUCACAGGAUGACUAUCUGAAGUUGGCCCCAACAGGCAGUCCAUCGCUGGUGAACUCAAUGGACGUCAUAGAGAAUCCGGUCAAAACCUGUGACAAGGUGUAUGCACUCAUCCAGAGCCUCACUUCACAGAUCAGGAAGAGACUGGAAGACCCCAAGUCCUCAGACUUGCAGCUUUACCACAGUGAGACACUGGAGCUGAUGCUGCAGCGCUGGUCCAAGCUGGAGAGAGACUUCCGCAUGAAGAACGGACGCUACGACAUCAGCAAGAUCCCAGACAUCUACGACUGCAUCAAAUACGACUCACAGCACAACGCCUCGCUUAGCCUGGAGGACACACUGGAGCUGUUCAGACUGUCCCGAGCCCUGGCUGACAUAGUCAUACCUCAGGAGUAUGGCAUCAGCAAAGCAGAGAAACUAGACAUCGCUCAGGCUUACUGUGUUCCUCUGCUGAAGAAAAUCCAGCUGGACCUGCAGAGAACCCAUGAGGACGAGGCCGUCAACAAGCUGCACCCUUUGUAUUCUCGGGGCGUGAUGUCUCCUGGUCGUCAUGUCCGCACACGCCUCUACUUCACAAGCGAGAGCCAUGUUCACUCCCUGCUCAGCAUCUUCCGUUACGGAGGACUGCUGGAUGAGGAGAAGGACCAGCAGUGGAAACAGGCGAUGGACUAUCUGAGUGCUGUGACUGAACUCAACUACAUGACGCAGAUAGUCAUCAUGUUGUAUGAAGACAACAAUAAGGACCCCUCCUCAGAGGAGCGUUUCCACGUGGAGCUUCACUUCAGUCCAGGGGUCAAAGGAUGUGAAGAUGAAGAGAACGUACCUCUUGGCUUUGGCUUCCGACCAGCCUCCUCAGAGAAUCAGGACAAAAAGCCCAAUCAGGGCAGUCUGGAGGACCUUUCCCAGGACCAGCCAGACCAGGCACUUCCUGUCUCAGAGCCAAUCAACAUUCAGCGAAGAUCCCCCAUGAUCCGCAAUCGCAAGACGGGCUCCAUGGAGGUCCUCUCUGAAACCUCUCCCACCCAUUCCUCCAAAGGCUGCACAUCCCAUCGACUUUUCCAGUCAUGUUCGCGCCAGUCUCCUGAGAUCAAACCAACCAGUGGCCUAGGCUCGCUCUGCUCUGGCCUCUUCAGUGCCUCUGCCCUCGGGGUGUCCUGUAGCGCCCCCAACCUGCGGGACUACGUCCGCACGCACCACCACCACCACCGAAAACCACCUCUGUCCCCCGGCAGUCUGCCGUGCCAGAGUGGCAUGUUUGAGCUGUUCUCUAUGCCGGCAGUAAAGAGAUUUUCUGUGUCGUUUGCCAGGCAUCCGACUAAUGAGCCCUCAGAGCUCCAUGUAGUCCAGCUGCUGGGGGGGCUGCCCGCUGAGCCGGUCCUGCUGGGGUUUGCCCCUCUGGCUGUGGAUGUUGCCAUGGCCCAUGACCUGCACCACUGUCCCUACCACCUCCACCUCCUCAAGACCUGGCUGAUGUCUAGUCAGGAGCUCCCAGAAUCUCUCCACGGGUUUGAAGGCUGCUCCAUGGUGCCCUCUAUCUAUCCACUGGAGACGCUGCACAACUCGCUGUCCCUGAAGCAGGUGGACAAAUUUCUCAAUGCAGUGUGUGAGAGCAGCAGCGAGGUUCACGCCAAAACCAUGAAAGCGCUUUCUAGCUUGUUUGACUCCCAGAGCCAGACGUCUCUCUACAGCCCACAGCAGCCUCUGUCUUCCUCUGGAUCAGAAACUUCUCUUCGCCCACCAAGCCAGCCUCUAUGGCAUGGCAGCAUCCCCUCCAGUGCUGUAUCCAGUGCAGGCCCCUCGUCUCCAAUCACAGAUGCCUCCGGCCUGAACUUCAGCUUCACUGAAUAGACUAUCUGACUGAACAACACAAGGACUUCUGGGUAUUUAAGGGCACAAUCUGAAGAGCUCCGUUUAUCCGUCUCCCUGCGCUGAAGUUCAUCUUUCCGCCUGUCCCUCUGCUGACAUUCACAGCUACAACUGGAGGUGAUCCUGAUUGUGGAGAGACACCACAGCUGUUAAACUCAGACUGUAAAUAUGAUCACACACAUGCUGUACAUGGACUCUUCUGAUGCCUGUCAACACCACAACUUCUCUGCUCCGUACAGACAGAAAGCACUGAACUUCCACUGGGUGAAAAUCUCUCAUUGCUGCAAUCCUCUCCUUCAGUUUGUCCACACACACAUUUCUAAACCAGAUCUGACAUCUGUAACAGUGUAGCGAGCCAACCUUCAGACCAGUUGUGCCUUUGCUUUAAUUUAGAUGCUGCCGAUGCUAAAUCAACAAGUGCCUGCUUUUUUUUUUCUUUUCAGUCCAAAUACUGUUAAAAUAUCUCAAACACCAGCUGCCUCUCCUCUGACCAGACCUGUGGACAUUUAAAGCUGAAAUACAUUAGUUUUUUUUUUAUUCACUUGUAAUUUAACAACAGUUUGACCGAGUUUGUGUUUCAGCCUCAGAUGUCUGCACCUUGACUGAAGACUAAAGGAAUGGUUUGACAUUUUGUCUGAGAGUUAAGAUGAGAUGAUCAGUCCCAUUCUCAUAUCCAUCUGUCAGCCAGUUAGCUCAACUCCAGGACUAGGAAUGGAAAACAGCCAGUCUGGUUCAUUACUUCUCUGAUUAAUGUGUAUAAACUCAGGUUGCAGGAACUUACUUCACAAUUUGUCGUUUGUAGACUAAGGUUUUUUGUUUCAAUUUAACAGAAGACAUAUAGUAUUAAUGAGCUUUACUGUUGUUUUUUGUGAGUUUUUGUUUCUGUGAUUUUGUUAGCUUUAGACAGAGCCAAAGUUUCCAGUCCUUGAGCUAAAGUUAGCAAAAUGGCUGCUGGAUUUGAGAGUGGAAUCUUUCUUUUCAUCUUACACUUUGAUUGUACUCCUUUGCAGAUGCAUAAACACACAGUUGAAGCCAUCAGACAUACACUACCGUUCAAAAGUUUGCAGUCACCCACACAAUUUCAUGUUUUCCAUGAAAACUCGCACCUUUAUUCAUGUGCUAACAUAAUUGCACAAGGAUUUUCUAAUCAUCAAUUAGCCUUUCAACUAUUAGCUAACACAAUGAGGCGUUAGAACACAGGAGUGAUGGUUGCUGGAAAUGUUCCUCUAUGUAGAUGUUCCACUAAAAAUCAGCCGUUUCCAACUAGAAUAGUCAUUUAUCACAUUAACAAUGUCUAGACUGUAUUUCUGAUUUAUUUAAUGUUAUCUUCAUUGAAAAAAACUGCUUUUCUUUCAAAAAUAAGGACAUUUCUAAGCGACCCCAAACUUUUGAACGGUAUAGUUAUUGUUAUUAUACUAUUUUUCUAGUAUGUGAGGAUCUACUCAGAGGACGGCAAGUCGUAUGUAUGGGUUCUGCACGUGCAUGCUCACAGACCUGGAAAGUACACUGUCCUUAUGCUACUUUCAGUUGCUUGGAUGACAUGUUCUAUGCAUGUGCUGUAGAUGGGUGUCUGUAUACCACACAUGCACUACAGCCCUUGUAGCAUAGUGGUCUGAGGAGAACACGUCACAGUCAUGCGCACUUGCAGAUAUAGAAACUGUAAGACUAGCCUUACUCCUUCAUUAUACUCAGACACAAACACCUACAGACACCCCGGUCAUGUAGUUUUUGUUAGUAUACUCCUCCCCAGUUCACUUGGAGGACUCUAUACAUGUGCAGUAGAUGAUUGUCUCUGUAUUCUGCACAUGCUCAGCUCUCACAGUCUGUGUGGACUCUUGCGUACUUGUGGAGAUGACAGAUUUACAUCACACAGACCCUUGUGGACGUGGAAAGUCUAACACUGGCCUCCCUCUUGGUGAGCAAAGCAUCCCUCUGCAAUAGGUCAAACUAUUCCUUUAAAUCCAUGUUAUCAUUAUUUCAUACUGAAUGUCUAAAAAGGUGGCAGACUUGAAAAUCUUGAAUCUUAUUCAGACAUUACUGUGAAAUCAUGUAAAACUCAAACCAAAGCAGGUGCAGCCCAGAGAUGUUCUACUGUGACAUACAAAGAUGGGGGGAUAUGGGUUGUCUUUUAGAAGUUGGAGAUUUGGAUCAUAUGACAUGUGGCUUUUAGUUUACUUCAUACUUCAACAAGACUUCAUUGUGAAUCUUUUUUUUUUAAAUACAGGUGUUUGUAUAAUUUCUCACUCAUGCCAGCCCGAUCAAACUGUGGUCUUUUCUAUGUGCGUCUGCUGCUUAAUGGAAAUGACAGUUUAUCUGUAAAUGUGCCUUUAAAUGACCUGUGAGAUUCAUCUGGGAGGAAUUUACGAAUCAGAUUUGAGUUUAAGAAGAUCUAUGGUAUAUUUAUAUUUUAGAAUUAAAGGGAAAAACCACUUGAUUAAGUGUAACUAGCUGGCAUGUGUUGCCCAACAGAUGCUGCUUGUGUCUGCAGUCUGCUGUCACACCAAAUGGCAUGUAUAUUUUUAAUGUUAAUGAGUCUGUUUCUCAUCAGUCAUGCUCAAGUAGAGAGGCGUGAUCUACAGAUUGAAAUUGGUUUUCUUCGCAUGUGACUUACCUGGGGGUCAAUUCACAUUCAGUUAUCUAACAGCGGAAUAAAUUCAGUGGUGGAUUUACUCAAACUCCAAAGAUUUGUUUUAUAACAUUGACCAAAACCUAUAAAAUACAUUAAACCAUUAGCCAGCAUCUUCUACAGCACAAUAGUGUUCAAAUUGAAACCGAACUGACCUCCAAAGCCCAGAAACAUGUACUGUAGAGCAAAUUUAUACAUUGUAGGCAUCAAGGAAAGAGAUCUAGAUUUAGAUGUCAGUAGGACUAAUUAAUUUUUACCAAAAAGUGAUUUGAUGUAGGUAAUUUUAACUGUAUUUAUGUGAUUAUUUAAUGUGCUAUUUAAUGCCAGGCAAAGAGAGGUGUGUGUUUUAUGUUGAGUUUGGCUGCUGGAGAACAAAAUCGAGGUUGUAAAAUGUGUUUCUGUCUCGUGAGGUUCAGGUCAGGCUGUGAUGUUGUAGAGGGGGGGAAUUAAAAACAAAAAAUCAAUUAAA